GAUCAAGCGGAGUCUGAAGCCUACAGCCCAGUUCAUCGCAGUUGUUCUCAGUCCUGCGUGGAGGACGCUGAACCGACUGCUGCAACCGCGAGAAAAUCUCCUUUUCUCUACCUUUACUGAAGAUGACAUAGGCUCAAAAAAGGCUCUGCUGACCAGGGAUCAGCUGAAGUAUUAACAGAGACCCUCCUACCUCGACUGGCUUCAUCAGCACUGGUCUCUUCAGAUGGGUCAAAAACUGCUGAUCUGCUUCACCCAAAUGCACUAUCUGCAUUCCGCCCUUGUGUAAAGAUGGCCGCCCGUGGCCUUUUUCUGCACCUGAACACCCCGGAACAGAGCUGCGCACUACCAUGGUGAUCAUUUUCUCAAAAACACUGGAAAAGAAGAAAGGUGCCAAUGAUGUAACAUCCAAGAGCUCCAACAGACAGCUGAGUGAUCUCCACAUCAUGAGCAGAGGGACCACCCUCUUCUCCUGUGGAACCGUGGAGGCAGAUAGAUGGUUGGACAUUGGACGAAGCUGUGCCAUUCAGCAGAAAGCUCAAGAUUCCAGUUUGGAGAGCCUGUGGGAUGUGGUGCCAGAACCUGGAGGCCUGCACUGGGCCAAACAACCAGGCAGCGCCACGGCUAUUACCAGUCUGAUAAGAGAUCUCACUCUAGGUAACAGUGGCACAAUCAGCACCCAUGGGACGUCCACCCCGACACAUUUCACAACCGCCACCCAAGCUCCUGCAGCUCCCCCAAGCAAACGACAGUGUCGCUCCUUGUCGUUCUCAGAUGAAUUCAGUGGGUUCCGCUUGUCUUGGAGGCCCCAAGGCUCCCGAGUGUGGACGUCGGUGGAAAAACGCAGGUACCACAGUGGGGGGAGUGUCAGAGGAGGAGCAAGCCAUUUUCCGCCCAUGCAGCGCAGCUCUAGUUUUAGUUUGCCUUCAUGCUCUAGCGCACCCUCAGAUGGGAGCCAGGAACCGCCACUCUUCAACCAGCAAUUACCUCUUCACCUUCAGUUCACUGCCUCCCCGAUGUCCCCUAGCUCUGCUUUCUCACACCACUCCCACAGUCAGUUCUUCCUCAGGCCUCUGUCCCUUUCACAUGAGCAGAUCAGUCUGACAGAGAUUCAACGAGAAGAGGCAUCCGGGACCAGCUCUCCAGAGUCGACCCCGGAGCUGGGAAGGAGAGGUGCUGGAAAGGGGAGUCUGUCUCGGAGCAGGUCCCAGCCCUGUGUGCUGAACGACAAAAAGAUUGCUAUGAAGCGCAGGAGACCUGAGGAUGCCCAGGAGCAGCGUCCCUCCCUGGAUUUGGCAAAGAUGACUCAGAAACUUCAAACCUUUCAAAGCUUAAGCUGGCCUGGAUUCUCAUCCUCUGACAGCUUCAAGUCUAGCCUGUCCGCCGGACAGUUGGAGACGGGCUUCGCCGCUGUGUCUGAGCCGGGGCUGGAGUUGCGGGCGGAUGCGAUGGCAGAUGACGAGGAAGAAGAUUCAUCCUACGGGGAACUGGACAGUGAUUCUGCUUGCAGUGUGGACUCACGACCCGGUUCCCCUGUGUGCUGCAUUGUGGACAGUAAAUGCACCCUCUGGAAGGGUGAUCAUGGAAAACAGAGGGACAUUUUCCAGCUCGGUGGGGAGCUGGAUCUUGAGCAGAUUGAAAGAAACUGAUUUACAGUAAGGUUGCAUUUAAUGUAUUGAGAGGAGACUAAUGAGAUAUUUUGAAAGGGAUACGAUGUUAAAAGAACUUAGAAGGAGAUCAGUAGCAAAACAUUAAGUAUUUUGCUUAAAGCUGGCUUUUGAAUUUCACAUAUGCCUCGAACAUUCUUUCUGCUUUAACCAAAAAGCAGCACCCUUCGAUGAUUUAUUUUAUGAGUUGGUUGUUUGACUUACAUCAGGUAGGGAAACUUGGGGGUUUCUGUCUUAAAAACCAUCUCCGAACCGUCAAUCUCUUUCCAACCUGAUAUUCCUUCCAAAGUCGGCUCACUUUAGGUUGUUUUAGUCCUGUAGUGGUAGCUGGGCUCACCUUUAUUCAGCUCAGAUAUGCUAUUUUCAAAGUAAUCUGAAAGUUGGGGGUGAAACAGAAGAGAGGAAGACAUCUUCUCUCAGACAUUUAGUCUCGUCUUUCUCCUUCAUCUUUUGAGCACACAUAAACCUUUAAUGUUUGAAUGUUCCAUAAGCUUUAUGAAAAGUUGAAGAAAAUCAAAAGAGUGCCUUCUUAUGAGUGCUUGUUCUUAUAGUUCUCUUUAACGGGAAAUGCCUCACCUUAAAGCCACUGUCUCUGACGUUUAUAUGCAAAGUGUAUAUUUGAAUUAAACACUGAAUCUCCUUUUGGGUUCAAACAGCAGCGUGUAUUUUUCUACGUUUUUUGGGGGUUGUUGUUAUGUGUUUGUGAAGGAUCAAGAUUUCAAGGCCUUUCUUCUAACUGAAUGAAAAUAAAUUCACAACCUGCACUCAUAA